CUCGCCAGGAAAUGAAGCUUGGCGGGAAAUAAAUUUUUCGAGACGUAAUGUUUACAAUGGUAACAGAUGUUGAAUAGUUUUGUUUUUGUUUUGACAGCAACGCAAACGUCUCAUUUUACGCUGUAAAGUAACUGAAAGACUGUAGUUGAACGAAGUGGUAAGCUUGACGUUGGAGAAUUUGAACUACAGCUUUUUGACUCUCGCUACAUGCUAAAAGGUGAAACUGAGGAGAAAAAAUGGAAAGGAUGGCUGAAACCCUCUUGCAUACCGAUUACAAUCAUUUUGGUACUCAUCAUUCUAGUUGUCCUCCUGCCCCUCAUAGGCCAGGAUGAAGUCAAAUCAGUUGAAGUUAUGACACUUGGUGAUUAUGAUCCAGUUUUCAAAAAUUGUUCCAGUCCAUGCAGCAUUCAGUUAGUAGAAAGCAUACCCGAGAAUUUAACAUUUGCCGAAGGGGAACCAACUCACAUGUCAGUAUUCGAGAGCUGGUCACAACUUAUUGGAUUAUCAGAGAGAUCGAUAGAUAUAGCAACAUUUUAUUCAACUUUAAAAGGUGAAGAUGUUCAACCUGUAGAUCCAGACCCUUCAUCUUGGCAAGGUGACAAAAUAUUUAGUGAUCUAAUGAAGGCUGGUACUGAACGUGGAAUACGUAUCAGAAUCAUACAAAGUGAUCCAACGGAAUCUAUGCCUGACUAUGAUACUAAAGAACUAGAAGUUAAAGGUGCAGCAAAGGUGAGGAGUUUGGAUUUCAAGAAAAUGCUUGGAAGUGGUGUUCUGCAUACAAAGAUGUUCCUCAUCGAUAAAAAGCACUUUUAUAUUGGAAGUGCAAAUAUGGACUGGCGUUCUCUUACCCAGGUAAAAGAGCUUGGGGUGUCUAUUUAUAAUUGUUCAUGUUUAGCUCAAGAUCUUUACAAGAUCUUUGAAGUGUAUUGGAGACUGGGAGUGCCUACUCCCUAUAUUCCACCAGAAUGGCCAACUGAUUUGCAGACUUCAAUCAAUAAAGAUAAUCCAGUCACUGUCACAAUGAAUAAUUCACAAAUUUUAACUUAUAUUUCUAGUUCUCCACCACCUUUAUGUCCUAAGGGCAGGACUACGGACUUGGACAGUAUACUUGAUACUAUUAACAGAGCUCGCACCUUUGUGUAUGUUGCUGUGAUGGAUUAUUUUCCUACAUCCCUAUACAUGGAGAAGGAUCAUUACUGGCCUCUGAUUGAUGAUGCUUUAAGAAGAGUGACUGUUGUGAAGAGACUUCAAGUGAGAAUUUUGGCAAGUUAUUGGAAUCAUACAAAACCAUCAAUGAUGUCUUUUCUGCGAUCUCUGAAUGCACUAAACAGCGAUCUGUUUGAUAUUGAAGUGAAAAUAUUUGUUGUUCCAACAUAUACAGAGGCUCAAGCAAAAAUUCCAUUUUCAAGAGUAAAUCAUAAUAAAUAUAUGGUUACAGAUAAUGCUGCUUAUAUUGGAACAUCUAACUGGUCUGAAGACUAUUUUGUAAAUACUGGAGGUGUUGGCAUAGUAUUUCGAAAUUCUGUUAGCAACAGUACAGAAGUGAAUAAUCCUGUACGAGAACAAGUGGAAGAAAUUUUCAAGCGAGACUGGGCCUCUGAAUAUGCACAUCCUUUGGCAAAGUUUCAAGAUAUCACCAAUAUAAAAUGUUUACUGAGCGUAGCAUGCCAGUUGACAACCACUGCCGAACCAUUUCCAGCAAAACGCAAGAACAUAAAUGAAGAUGAAUUAAGAGCUCGUGGAUUUCAAAUUCAACCAUCUCUUUCUACGCAGAUGAUUUUGAUAUCUGUAUAUAUAUUCAUUCAAUUUACUCAUAUAUGUGCUUGCUUUUGCACUAUUUUAUGCACCCAGUUACAGGAUAUUUUGUUAUGACUUUUUUUUAGCCUUUAGUUGAUUGUUCUGAGUUGCAAUUUUAUCUAAGAUAUUUUAGUGCUUAUUUUAUAUUCAUAAUAAAUGAAAAAUCGCUGAGCUUUUUAUUAUUAUUUUUGUAUAUACUACACCUGCUACUGAAAAUUUAUUUGACCAACCAGAUAUCAAAAGUUAUUUAACUCCUAACCUCUUGUUACUUUUUAAUGCCUUAGAAUUCUGAUAAUUUAUUGUAUUUUUAAGGAAUAUUUUUAUUGUUCCAGUGUGAUAACAGUAUAUCUCUAGAAUGAAACUGCUUGCCUCAUAAUGAGAAUAUGUCACAUAUUUCAGCACAUUUUGAAUAAUCACAGCACUUUUUAGAUUCUGUCAUAAUGUAUCUAUAUGUACAAUGAAAUUGGCUUUUUCAUGUAUGAAAUAUUCAUAUUGGCAAUGAAUUGUAUUUUAUGAAAUUACAAUAAAAAUUAACAAAUGUUUGACUUUUAA